AUGAUCCGAGUUCAAACCUGCCCCUGGCCCGAGCUUACCAAUAUUGUUCAUGAGCAGUCUGAUAAGGCCUCUCUAACGGAGAAGCCUUUUGUCUGGAGGAUGCACCAACAGCCAGAGAGGAAGUACCAGCUCUUCCCCAAGGAGAAGCAGGCAGUGCCUGCCGCGGGUAAAGGGCUGGACCCGGAGCAGGCCUUUGCGUUGGCCAUGGGACAGAACGGAGAGAAGACGGACAAGCCGCCAGCUGGGAAUGGCCUCCGACUACGAAUCAAGGAACACAAUCUGAUCAGGCGAAGGAAGGUCAGCGUACCGGAGCUGGGACCGAUGACCACCGUCCAGGAGGUCGCCAUGGAUUCUCCAACCAUUCCCGGUCGACCACCACUGCACGAGCGAUCCAUCAGUGCUCCCGGCCACAGCUGGAGACUGAACCACCUGGCUGACUGCGUGGCUGAUAUCCCUCCAGCCCACGACGAGAACGCGGAGCUCACCAUGCCCGACGUGUGCGAGUCCCCGUCCAUCUUCCGCCAGCCCUUGUCGCCCAAGAGCCUGGCUCCCCUCAUCAUCCCCUCGCUGAGCUCGACCGUGCCACGCCUGACGAGGCAGCUGUCUCUCAACCGCCUCCGCUCCGGGAGCACGCCCGUCGAACCUACCGCUCGGUCCGCGCAGACAGACGACUCGCCCAUGACCACCAAGACACCCUUCACCCCUCUCUCCGCGGCGACGCAGCUUACCACGCCGAGGUCGGCAACGACGGCGGCCAUGAUCGCGUCCAGUGUGGCAACGCCCAUCUCAGCACCCGCCGGAUCUCGAUCCUCUCCGCAGCCAUGGGGAGAGCCCAACCACGCCGUUAAAGACGCGGCAGCCGACCCCAACGCAACCCCAAGGGCAGAGCCCGAGUCGAGGAUCGCCCUGAGCCACAGGAGGGGCCAGUCCGACUCCGGAAGCAUCAUGGAGCGAGGCCGUCCGAGGAAGCGGAGCGAGGGCAAGGAGAGCGGCACCAUCCUCAAGCGAUCCGUCUCCAAGAGAAGCAAGAGCACUGAGCGAAGGGCCUUCGAGACGCUACCCAAGGGCUGGAAGGCGAGCGAGGCAGCCAACAUGCUGAACAAGACGGAGCUCGGAGCUCUGCAGAAGCAAGCCAUGCAACAGGCAGCCAGGUUCGAGGUCCUCAGGAAGGAGGACGUGGACCGGCUUUCAAUGGAGCUGCGCAACCUCGAUGAGCGCACCGAGUACCUUCGUCGUACUUACACUUCGCUCCGUGCCGGACGCCGCAACCUGCACUCCAGGAUCUGCACCUACCUCCGCUCGCCCCGCGUGGCCAAGUUCAGCCACGACUCGAUGCUGAAGCAGGAGGAAGCUCUCGCCGAGCUGGAUGCCUCCAUCGACGACUGGGUCACCAAGCUCGAGCAGGCCGAGAACCGCCGCACGCGAGUCCGCCAGAAGCUCCUCGAGCACGUCGCUGCCGCCGCCACGCUGCCCUCUCCCACCGGCAGCGUGGUCGGUGUCAGCGAGAGCCUGCAGAUGGCCAUGGGCAUCAAGCAGCCCGCCAUGCCCAACGGCACCGCCAACAUCUCGACGCCGCCUCGCAGCCCGGCCAAGACGACCUUCACCUGCAGCUCCGCCUCCCAGUCGGGCUCGCCCUCCCCCCAGCGCGUCGUCGCCCAGGUCCCCUCCACCAUCUUCGAGCAGCCCCUCGGGGAGGAGGCCGCCAGCAAGGACGCCCUCCCUCGCCGGGUCGACGUCGAGAGCAUCCGCAUCUACGCCGGCGACGACGUCUACGCCCUCCUUGCCGACGUCGAAAACGAGAUCACCAAGAUGAGCAACGGCGACAACGCGUUGUCCCCCAAGGAUGCCAAGGUCUCGGACGACGAGCGCAAGCAGAUCCACCGCGAGAAGAGCCAGGAGAUCCUCAACGGAGCCGCCAAUAACAAGAGCAAACCAGCCUCCGCGCCCGUGUCUCCCAAGGGCUCGCCCACCCGCAAGAACACCGCCGUUGAGGGAGAGAUGCUGCUCACCGCAGCCGUCUUCCGACCCUGA